UUAAAUUAUGGAAUAUAAAAGUGUGCGGAUCCAAUGAACGGUUAUUUCUCUGCUACACUAGGCGCGUAACGGUUUUUGUACACACACGCACACACAUACACAUCGUCAGGAAAGUGAUAAAGGCAGAGUCGAUCAAAACAAAGCUCAUAUGCAACAGUAAAUUUUGGGAAUUAAACGGCUGCAACAUGUUCGAAUUAGAGGAUUAUUCCAGCAGCAUUCACGAGGGUUUCUUCAGCAAAUAUGCAGAUGCCGCAGGACCCUCGCUGGACUUUUAUGUGUCCGACUCGAUGCAGGAUAUGCUGGACGUGGACAUUCGGGCGGAGAUCGCCAACGUUGUGGGCAGCUCCAGUGAUCUGACCUCCUCGCUGGAUCAUGCACUCGAGGCCAUUUCUGCCAUCAACAAUAGCAACAACAAUUGCAACAGCAGUAUUGCCUCAUCGUCGACGCACAAUGCAAACGCCAGUCUGUUCACGAGCAGCGGGUUGCAUGCCUCACCCACCGCCAAGUGGAUGGGUUCGUGCGCAAAUUUCUGGUCCACAACUGAUUACUAUGCAGACAUUGGAGCCUGUGUGAAUCCCAUUUCUGUGAUGCCGCUCAUCAACUCCAACUCUGGAGCAGCGUCGCUGCUCGGCUCUGGAUCGCCGCAGAAGUCGCGUGCUGCUGGUGGUGGCAUCAACGGUUCAACGUCAACGCAGAGCAGCAGAUCCGGCUCUGGGAGUGGACAGGCGCCGCCUGCCUCGCCAUGCGGCCAGCACAAAUCCCAUCUGACCUUCUCGCCAGCUCAAAUGAAGGUUAGCGCUGGCUCCAUGCGACGCGAGCAGGUUAUGGCCCACAUACCCAAGCAGAUAUCAGCGUUACCCAUCUCAGCAUCGUCGCUAAAUGCGCCCGCAACAAUGGCCAGCAAUGCUGCGGCCCAGCAGCAGCGCCGCAACUCAUCGGCUGUGGAUGCGGUGCGUAAGGAUCUGGGCACGGAGCUACGCAAGAUGCAGUCCAUCAAUGAUGAGACGAAGAGCAGCACCAGCACGCCCAAAAACAACACCAGUCUGCUGACGACUGGUGGCAGCGCCACCAACACCAUCAAAUUGGGGCCAGGCAUUGGCGGUUUGACCUUUGCCAACAGUGCCACAUAUAACAAACUGAAGCAGCAAACGUCCGUCAAGUCACCCAAUGGAGCACCCCUCACCGCCAAUGGCAACAUAGUGCUCAAACGGGAUCGGGAGGCGAGUCCGUUGCACAACAUGGCCACGCUGCACGCAAACGGUGUCGUCCAGAAGCGUGGCAGUAAUGCACCAAAAAGCAUUGCAUCUGCGGCACAUUCGCCGCAUCAUCAGAUGCAUAUGCAGAACAACAGCAUUGGAUCGCCCUCCUCGACUUCCUCAUCCACGGCGAAUGGUCGUCCCACAACGUCAUCCUCGCCGCUCUCCUUUGCGCCACUUACCAGCAACAACACAAGUAACAUCAACAGCAACAACAACAAUGGCAACAGCAGCAAUACCAACAACAUGAAACCGCUGCUGCAGCAGAAGAUGAAACUGCCGGCGGCGAUGAGUAGCGUAUUCCCAAAGCCCGCCUACUCCUACUCCUGUCUGAUUGCACUGGCGCUGAAGAAUUCGCGCGCCGGCUCACUGCCCGUCUCGGAGAUCUACAGUUUUCUGUGCCAACAUUUUCCGUACUUUGAGAAUGCGCCCAGUGGGUGGAAGAACAGUGUGCGUCACAAUCUGUCGCUGAACAAGUGCUUCGAGAAGAUCGAGCGGCCGGCAACGAAUGGCAAUCAGCGCAAGGGCUGCCGCUGGGCCAUGAAUCCGGAACGCAUCUGCAAGAUGGAUGAGGAGGUGCAGAAGUGGUCGCGCAAGGAUCCGGGUGCAAUACGCGGCGCCAUGGUCUAUCCGGAGCAUCUGGAGGCGUUGGAGCGUGGCGAAAUGAAGCACGGCUCGGCCGAUUCAGAUGUGGAAUUGGAUUCGCAAUCGGAGAUCGAGGAGUCGUCCGAUCUGGAGGAGCACGACUUUGAUGAGACCCUCAUCGAUGCGAUGCUCGUCGAGGAGGAGGAGAACGAUGAAGUCGACUGGGCCAACAGCGAGGAGGAUGAGGAUAACGUCCAGGAGGAGCACAUGCUGCAAGAGUAUGAGCCAAGCAACCACUCAACCAACAACCUGCCAACGGAUCACCAGCUGCUCGUCGCACAGAAGAGCGCCGACUUUGACAUUGAGGUUAACGAACUGUACGACGCCAUCGAAAUUGACGAUAGCAAGCUGGCGGUGCACCAGGCCAUUGCCGUCAGCAGCCAGUCGACGAGCAUUAUUGAGCUGAAUCCGGCCGAUUUGAAUGUAAAUGAUGGCUAUCGAUCACCGAAGCGUGCUCGGCUGGACAUCAAUUAUGCCAUCGGACCUGCCGGCGAACUGGAGCAGCAGUACGGCCAGAAGGUGAAGGUGCAGCAGGUGAUGCAGCAGUACCAACAGCAGGCGCCUCCUACCUACAAUCGUCGCAAGAUGCCGCUGGUUAAUCGAAUCAUAUAAGGAAUAGAAAUAUAUAUAUAUUUAUAUGUAUAUAUAUACAUAUAUAUUUAUGUAUAAUACACACUUAGUGUUAGGUUUACGUUUAGGGAACAGCUACGUCAGCUACGCUUAAAACUUUAAUCCUAAGUUGAUUUUUCUUUGUGUACACAUACACACACACUCACCUGUAUGUAUAUGUGUGUGUGUGUGUGUGCAUGCGGAACGAUUCUUUUGAUUCCAAAUUAGUUUGUUAUUCAAUUUAGUCGCGCGCUUUGUAGUCGCUUAUAGCAGUUGUGUCGCAGUACAUUUCCAUUUCCAUUUCCAUUUCCAUGUAAAUUGUAAGGGGCUUUCAAAUAAAUGUUUAUGUUUCCUCAAGCAAUCAUUCAAUGAGAUCUAUAAAUCUCUCCAUAUACUUCUAGACGAUAGAUGAUGACUACCUUUGACGCUUGAGCAAAAGCUCAAGAAAUACGUAAAUUAAUAAGAAUAUUGUAUUUGUAAUUGUUCAAAGUCCUAAUUCCAAAAAUGACGCAACAUUCAGUGUAUUAAUUGUUUCCAAAAUCUUGACUAUAAAGGGCAUUUUUGAAAUUGAUCUCUAGCGAAAACAAAAUUGUUUACUAAUAUAUGUUGUAAUUACUAUUGACGAACGUUUUCUAUAAGAUCAAAAUUAAAAAAAAGAAAAAGCAAAAAAAAAGAAGAAAGUAGUUCUUUUAUCAUUAAGCUUUACAUUAUAUUUAUAAUAAGAAUAAUCAUUUGGACAACGAAAUAUGAAACUCGAAAUGUUCAUAGACAUAUUUCCACACUUGUUAACUGUACAUAAAAUGGCAUUUAUAAGCAUUUUUCUGCGGAUUUUCAAUAUAGACAUUUGAGUAGUUAAUGUUGAAAACAACCACCCAAAACUUGCCGGUCCAGUAUUCAUAUGACAGACGUUGGUAGAAUUUAACCAAUUAUAUAUAUAUA